CCCUGAUGACGUCACCCCCGAGGAGUCACGUGACCGCGCUCAGUCCUGUGUCACGUGACCGCGCAGACCUGUGGCUCGUGUCACGGAUGAACGUGUCCUGGUUCUGAUCCUCCGGUACCGGCCUGCACCGACCACCGCCCUGGAGGAUGCAGGCUGGCGUGAGCUCCUCCUCAGGAUGUCGGUGACUCUCAGGUUCUUCUGUUACGGUUGCCUCCUCUCCUCCGUCACCUGGUCGCUCCUCCUCCUCCUCUACUUCCACCUGGGCUCCUCCCACAGCCGCUCCUCUCAGCCAAUCGGAGGCAUCCUGGACCGGAGGGGGGCGGGGCGACGGGCCGCGCCGGCCAAUCAGGACGCAGAGCUGUCUCCAGAGAUGGGGAUGAUCUUUAACGAGCAGGAUCAGGAGGUGAGGGACAGUGGGUACCAUCGUCACGCCUUCAACGUCCUCAUCUCCAACAGACUGGGUCCCCACAGAAACCUGCCAGACACCAGGGGACCACAAUGUUCCGCUCUGUCGUUCCCUCCGUCCCUCCCGUCGGCGUCCGUCGUCAUCUGUUUUUUUAACGAGGCUUUCUCGGCGCUGCUGCGGACGGUCCACAGUGUCCUGGACCGAACGCCGCCCGUCCUCCUGCACGAACUCAUCCUGGUGGACGACCACAGCGAGUUAGAGGACCUGAAGGAGCCUCUGGAGCUGCAGGUGUCGGAGCUCAAAGACAAAGUGAAACUCGUCAGAAACGACAAACGAGAAGGACUGAUCCGCGGACGAAUGAUCGGAGCGAGCCACGCCACAGGGGAGGUUCUGGUCUUCCUCGACUCUCACUGUGAGGUGAACGUGUUUUGGCUGGAGCCUCUUCUGUCUCUGGUGGCGUCUGAUCGUCGGACGGUCGUUUGUCCCGUCAUCGACAUCAUCUCGGCCGACACCCUCACCUACAGCCCCUCCCCCAUCGUCAGGGGCGGAUUCAACUGGGGCCUGCACUUCAGAUGGGACCCGGUGCCCCCCGGCGACCUGCAGGGGGCGCAAGGGAGCACCAGGCCCAUACGGUCGCCCACGAUGGCGGGGGGUUUGUUCGCGAUGGAGCGGAGAUACUUCAAUGAGCUCGGACAGUACGACCCCGGGAUGGACAUCUGGGGAGGAGAGAACCUCGAGCUGUCCUUCAGGGUAAGACCUGGACCAGGACCAGACUUGGACCAGACUGAACCAGACCUGUGUGGAGGCCUCUCUCUCUCUGCGGCUCUGAUCUGGAUGUGUGGGGGGCAGCUGCUGAUCGCUCCGUGCUCCAGAGUGGGACACAUCUUCAGGAAGAGACGUCCGUACGGAUCUCCAGGAGGAACCGACACCAUGGCCCACAACUCGCUCAGACUCGCACACGUGUGGAUGGACGAGUACAAGGAGCAGUACCUGUCUCUGCGUCCGGACCUGGUGGGGCGUUCAUUCGGCGACGUGAGCGAGCGACUCGAGCUCCGGCGCCGUCUCCAGUGUCGCUCGUUUAAGUGGUACCUCCAGAACAUCUACCCCGAGAUGAGCUCCUCAGGACACAAGAACCCACCAGGACUCGUCCAGAAGGUCCUGAAGAGGCCCACGGUCACACACCGAGGACGGUUGAGGAACGUCGGUUCUGGUCGGUGCCUCGUGGCUCAGGGUCGACCCACACAGAAAGGAGGAGCUGUGGUCCUCAGACCAUGUGACCCCAGAGACCCAGAACAGGAGUGGGCUCUGGACGAGGAGGGGCAGUUGGUUCUGGCCGGUCUUCUCUGUCUGGACGUGUCUGAAGUUCGGACCUCGGACCCGCCCAGACUCAUGAAGUGCCACGGGUCCGGAGGGUCCCAACAGUGGAGCAUCGGGAAGUCCAGCCGGCUGUACCAGGUCUCUGUGGGACAGUGUCUCUCGGUGUCGGCGCCACUCGGACCCAAAGGAUACGUUUCCAUGGCGAUCUGCGACCAAUCAGAGGCUCAGCAGUGGCGUCUGGAGGCGUGACCACAAACGGACUACAAACAUGGCCGCCCUCCCGUCCAUCAAAACACAUCCCAGCACCAGCAGAUCUAAAGGACUACAAACAUGAGAGCGCCGGCAGACAUGUUUGUAGUCCUGUGGUCUUGACAUUUCAGUGACGUUACACAGUACGGACUACAAACAUGGAGCCUGAUUUCUUUUAAAUACAUUUGCACCCAGUUUAAUCUUUGAAUCUGAUUUUUACACCGUUUUAACUCUUUCUAAAUCUAAAUGUUUCCUUUAAAUGUUUCCUUUAAAUGUUUUCUUUACAUUUUAGCUGCAAACUUGAACCACAAAAGUCUCUCUGGACUACAAUCAUGGCCGUCCUGUUUUACUUCUUCUGGACUUGUGGACUGUCAUGAGCCUUUUGCACUAAGCAUUUGCUGAAUUAGAACUACAACUCUCUGGACUACAAAGAUGGCCGCCGGCGUGUUGUGACUGAAGCUUUUGUCUCAGAUCCUGUUUCAUUUUGAUUUUGUGGUGAAAUAAACAGAAAAAACAUGA